CAACCAAGGAAGGACUACGGAUCCCAGCAAGCACUGCAGAGACUCGAGGGCGCAGGAGGAGGAGCCUGGAACCGCCCGGCCCCGCGGAGCCAGGCAGCGGCAGCACCUGGUGUAGGUGGCCAUGGGGAAGCGAUACUUCUGUGACUACUGUGACCGCUCCUUCCAGGACAGCCUCCACAACCGCAAGAAGCACCUGAAUGGGCUGCAGCACCUCAAGGCCAAGAAGGUCUGGUACGACAUGUUUCGAGAUGCAGCCACCAUCUUGGUGGACGAGCAGAACAAGCGGCCCUGCUGGAAGUUUCUACUGAUAGGCCAGUGUGACUUCGGCUCCAAGUGCAGAUUUUCCCACAUGUCUGGACGAGACCUGCAGGAGCUGAGUCUCCAAGUGGAGGAGGAGAGGCGGGCCAAGGAGUGGCCAGUAGAUGCCGUGGAGCUCCCUGAGGUCCGUCUGGAGGACUGGCUGGAGAAGAGAGCCAAGCGGCUGAGCUCAGCCCCAAGCAGCAGGGCUGAACCCGCCAGAACCGCCAUCUUCCAGUACCCCAUGGGCUGGCCACCAAUCCAGGAGCUGCCCCCAUCCCUGAGAGCACCCCCACCCGGGGGGUGGCCCCUGCAGCCCAGCAUCCAGUGGGGCUGAGCCCCUUGGCUCUGCCUGGCCCUGACCCAGUCAGCUUUCCUAUUGGUCACAACAAAGACCAGGACUGGGGAGGCCCCACAGAGCCUCUGAAAGUACCACCUGGCUUUGCUGAGACCCAGGACCCUCCACCAGCUGCAGCCCUGCUCCCAGACUGAGCCAGGCAACUACACCCACCCUCCCUCCCAGGACAUGUGAGAAAACGAACUUCUGGAUGUUUAU